AUGGGAGAGAAGAAGAGAAAGCGGCAUGACGACGCUGCGGAGCGACCAGCAAAAAAGCCGGCUGUCUCACAAGGUCCCAACACAGUCAAGGUUCAGCAUGUUGAGAACAAGGGCGUUGUAGGCCCGGUCCUAGCUGCGACGCCGGGACUUUCCUUUCCUCGCACAAUCGCCUUCAACGCGUACAAAACUAGCAGGAUACUUCCAAAAGUUGGCGAGGUCUCCGAAUUGCUGCUCCAAACCUCCGAACACCCACGCUUAGAUUAUACGGCGCGAGAGGAGGAGGAUGGGAGCACAGAGAGCCUGCUAGAUAACUAUAUUGGCGUGUUUGAUCCUGCGACAGGCAAGCUUCAGGUUAUCCCGGUGCGCAAAGUGACAGUGCGGAGCACGCUGAGGAGCGAAACCGAUGAGCUGCGGGCGCAAAGGGAGAAGGAGGCUGCGGUGAGGGCGACAAUGACUGCGAAAAGGCAUGCUCUUGCGGCCGAAUUUGGUUCCAAGAAGUCGCGCAAGGCAAUUCAAGAGAUGGCGGAGAAUGCGAUCACGAGUGGCCGAGCCCAGGGACCUGAUAUGGGUGGAAGAGACGAGAAUGUUGCUUCUGCAGUGUUGCAGGGCAUGUCGACCACCACCGCUGCCAUGCCAACAAGAGAAGAUAUCGCCGCCGCCGUUGACUCAUCCAAGCCACGACCCCAAGCGAACCUCGCUGCCGAGUAUCCUUCAGACGUUUAUCCCGUCGAGACUCUCGUCGGCAAGGACCUAAUGACCAUUAUACCCAUCAAGGACUGGGUUGAUGCUGUCGACGCCGGCGCGGCUAUCAAUGUGCACAGCCGAUAUGUUGCGAAGCGAAUAGUCAAGCUUGCUAAAACAAAGGAGCUGCAGAAGCUGAAAGUGUUGCGAUUCAUACUGCUCUGCGUUGAUUUCAAUGCCGCCUUGAAGGCGAAGGGCAAAGGACCGAAGCUGAUCCCUCACAAGGAAAAACUGCUUCGGGAGAUGGGAGAGAAUGUUCCGCCCUCGGUUGUUGAUGCUAUUCGGAGGAAGUUCGCUUCAGAAAACAAUGAUUUGACCCGUUGGCACAUCGACAACCUCGCGACACAUAUAUGCGCAGCCGCGCUCAUAGUUGACAACUUCCGAGUCGACGUCAAUGACCUUCGCGAGGACUUGAAGCUGGAGAAUAAUGAAAUCAAACAAUACUUCCACGAAAUCGGAUGCAAAGUAACAAAGCCGACCGAAGCCGAACGUGAGAAGUUGAAGAUCUCAAAGGCCGAGGCUACCAUGCACUGGAUGGCGACGCUUAAGAUUCCGCUCAACUUCCCUAAGGUGAAGACAGGAAGGAGGAGGUAA